ACUCUGCAGAAAAGGAAACGUUCCCUGGAUUCUGUGUGAAACUACGGGAGCAGAUAUCAGAUCCCAGCAGCCAAGGUCACUCUGUGCUAUCUCCCAUUUGUGUGCUGGCAACAGAGUUUCUCUCCCAGACUUCCCUCAGACUCAGACAGCUGCAGAGCCAAACACAUCCACGUCUGAGUAAGUCUCAGGAGGGACCGUCUUCUAAACCCGCAGGAGGACUGGGAGUCAUGGUGUCCUGCGCUCUGCUCCUGGUUCCUCUGUGGAUCCUCAGUCUGAGUGGAGGCUGCAGGGCCGAGGAGCUGACCAGGGAGGCCGUGUUGUCCUGGUUCAGCGGCCGGGUUCUGGAGGGCCUCGGGCUGGAGGAGCCUCCCCUGGCCUCAGCGCUGGGCCCCGACGUGGACCCGGCCCAGCCAGAGGGAGCAAGGCCCCUGCAUGUGAGGCCCCCGAGGAGCAGGACCUCCUGGGGGGACCAUCGGACCAGUCCCACCCAGGACAAGGCUCAGAUUAUUCUCUUCCCCAGUUCUGACUCGUCUUGUGGCCCAGAAACCACCAGGAGCCACUUCAUGUAUUAUUUCCAGCCGUCGCUGACCGACCAGGAUGCCGUGGUCACCGCGGCCCACUUCUGGUUCUACGUGGGCGAAGGGGCCAACUCUUCGGCGCCCCUCUUCAUCCUCACCUCAGCACCGGAGCUUCUCCAGGCAGCGGAGGCCCCGUCUCAGAGGAGCCCGGACGGGUGGACCACCUACGACCUGGAGCGGCCGGCGCUGGCCUCUGUGGCUCAGGGUCCCUUCGUCCUCCAGGUCCGCUGUCCGGCCUGCGAGUGCCACGCUGACCAACCAGACAAGACGCCCUUUCUUGACCUUCACGCUCAGCCACGUGCUCGAGUCAGAUCUCGCCGCCAUGCCCCGCUCAACAUUCCCUGGUCUCCCUCUGCCAUCGACCUGCUGCAGCGCCCCUCUGUGGAGAGACCCGAGCACAGCGACUGCCAGCGAGCACACGUGGAAAUCAGCUUCGAGGAGCUGGGCUGGGGCAACUGGAUCGUCCAUCCCACGGCGCUGACCUUCUACUACUGCCACGGAAACUGCUCGGCCAGGGAUCGAACCACCGCCGCGCUGGGCAUCAGUCAGUGCUGCGCCCCGGUGCCGGGGAGCAUGAGGUCCCUGAGGAUCACCACGACGUCCGACGGAGGAUACUCGUACAAGUACGAGACCCUGCCCAACAUUAUAGCUGAAGAGUGUUCUUGUGUCUGAAGGGCACAGGUUAAAGGUCGAGUUCACACGAAUCACACGAGGACCUGUCUCUUCAUCCCGUUGUUGGUUGUGUGUGUUUUAUUAGUUUGAACAGUUAAUACACAAUAAUCACCACACUCAAUACAACUCACAUUAUCUCUUUUCAUUUCCUGUGUGCAUUGCAUUGUGGGAAGUGUCCAUCAACAGCACAUGUAAAAAAUAAGCUUUUCGUUAUCAAGUUUUAUUUUGUAAUUUGUGUUACUUCCCUUUUUACUUGACUUACUUUUAUCAGGUUUCUUCUACUUGGAUGUAAAAGUAAAAUUAAAAGUCUGCAUUGUGUUGUCUCCUCUCACCUGUGGGGGGCGCUGUUUGCCCACAUUUAAACUGCACCGUCACGUUCAGAUGUUCUUGAUCUGCAGCUUUUUCUAUAAUAAAUCACUGGUGAGAACAUG